GCAGGCAUUGUAGAACACAUUGCAAACAGCAAACAACAACAAAGUAACAACAAAGCGCACUCCGGUCAGACGUCAGUAGAUGCCUGUCGAAGAUGGAUUCAUUUUAGUUUUACCAAAUUAACGCAAGAUGUCGGACAGCGAAUACAGCAGCACCGAAAGUAUUUCAGAGCAAUUUUCAUUAAUCGAUAGUUCAACUGACGGAGAUUAUGAAGUUGUGAACUUACAAGCUCACGCUCCAUACCAAGACGAACCACUGGCUCUGCCUGGGCAAGCGCGAGUGAAUUUUGAGGAAGACAAGGAUGGCAUUCCUCGUGAAACACUGGAGGCCAGAUUCGAGAAGAGAGUUGCUGUGAAUGACUGGUGCUCGUGUUCACAGUGUAAAGAUGAACUGUUGGUGGGUGCGUUAGAAUACAGAUGCUGCAGGGAAGUACACUGUGCUAUUGGCAAGGCAGUUUUUGAUGGCACAAUUGAUGGAAUAACAUGUAUCAUCCAACACUGCGAUUACAACGCAUUGGUCAAUACAGAGGUCCUGAUGAUGGUUGGGCCUUUAUUGAAAGACUCGCAAGGGCGAGCAUACAAGCGAAGAGCAGGACAAGGCAGAAACGAGUAUCUUAGAGCUGUUGCCUACAGAUGGCUAAUUCGUUGGUUCUGUGGUUACCUUGGUUGGGACAACAGAAGACCACUGCCAGCCUGCAUAUACCAUAACAUAAGGACGAAAUUCCAGACAGCUGCUACUACUGGUUAUGCAGAUAAUGAAUAAGACUUUAAGCAUUAAAAUAUUGGAGAGUAACUGUUUAGAUCUGACUCAUUUUCAGUAAAAAUAUGCAAACAUUUCAAAU